AGUUAGGGGAGAGCAAACUGACAGCUGGUUUGUUUUCAUCAACAAGGGGGAUUUCAAAGUAGACGUUAAAGUCCUUCCUGUUCUGGAUAGUCUGAAACAAAUCCCACCCCCUGACCAAAGAGGAACCCGCAUUUUUUUGCAGUCAUCCGUCAGCCCCCCCAGCCACUCUGGAGCCAUCGGUACAAAAGCAAAGAAGACGGCGAGCAGCAAUCGUGGUCAGAUUAAGGCAGACAUCGCUUCAGCUGAAGGGGAGGCUGCGCACCAGGAAGGAGCUAUGGAGCCACCAGAGGAUAACGAUGGCCGUACCUUUGUGGAGGUGAUCAGUGAAAAGUAUAGCCCAGAGAACUUCCCAUACCGCAGAGGGCCUGGUAUGGGGGUGGUAGUAGUGUCCACUGGAGGUCCUCAAGGUUCCCCUAUGAAAGACCGUCUGAACCUGCCCAGUGUGCUGGUUUUGAAUAGCUGUGGGAUCAGCAAGUCAGGAGACCAGGCUGAGAUUGCUGCCUUCUGUGCUCAUGUCAUGGAGCUGGACCUGUCUCACAACAAGCUGCAGGAUUGGCAUGAGAUUAGUAAAAUUGUUUCUAACAUCCCCAACCUGGAGUUCCUCAACCUGAGCUCAAACCCGCUGGCAGGAAUGACCCUUGAGCCACGGUGGGCUGAAGCCUUCUCCAGCGUGCGGCGCCUUGUCCUCAACAACACUCAGGUGUCCUGGGACACUGUGCUGCUGCUCACUCGAGAAAUACCAGAGCUGGAGGAGUUGUUUCUGUGCCAUAAUGAGUACAGCAGUGUGAGUUCCUCCAGCGUGGCCUGCUCCACCCUGCGCCUUCUUCACAUCACCGACAACUGCCUCAAGGACUGGGCCGAGGUCCGCAAGUUUGGCUCCAUGUUCCCCUGUCUGGACACUCUGGUUAUGGCAAACAACAACUUGUCCUCCAUCCAGGACAGCAAGGAUAUCCUGCAAAGGCUCUUCCCCAAACUACGCAGCAUCAACCUGCACAACUCAGGUCUAAACCAGUGGGAAGAUAUAGAGAAGCUGAACUUCUUCCCCAGGCUGGAGGAGGUGCGCCUGCAGGGCAUUCCCUUACUGCAGGCCUACACCAAUGCAGAGCGACGCAGCCUCAUGAUAGCGCAGCUUCCCUCAGUAUCACUGCUAAAUGGCAGUGCUGUGAGUGACAGUGAGAGAGAGGACGCAGAGAGGUUCUUCAUCCGUUACUACUUAGACUACCCUGAAGAGGAGCUGCCUUAUAGAUACCAUUCCCUCGUAAACAAGUAUGGCAAGCUUGAACCACUUGCUGAGAUUGACCUCCGACCUCGCUGCCGUGCCCAGGUGGAGGUUCACUGUGAGGAAAAAAUAGAACAGCUGAGCAUCCGUUUGGACCAGACAGUGGCUGAGCUGAAAAAGCAGCUCACGACAGUGGUCCAGCUGUCUACCAACAGCAUGAGGCUCUACUACAUCGACAAGGGCAGUGCCUUCGGUCCAGAGGAAAUGAAGUACAACACGCGAGCUCUCCACUCCUACAGCAUCCAAGAUGGUGACGAAAUACUGGUGGUGCCCAAAACCAAGUGAACAGCUGAUGACCUGCUGGCUGACAAGAGUGAAUUGAAAAAUUUUUUUUUUCUGAUUGGUUAACUGAUACAGCAAAAUAAUUGGAAAAUAGAACAGUAGCAGUGGCCCACUGAGAGAGGGCAUACACAGAAAUUAUGAAAGCAAUAUGAGCACCAUCAAGGAGACUAGACUAGUAGACUACAGAUGGCUGCUGAGUGCCUCUGAAAUAUAAGUGAGCACUGGGAAUGCAGCGGAUCCUGUCUUUAUUUAAUUGAGCUUUCUCUGAGGGGGAACCACUGGAGCGAGUGCACAAACGUGUCACACUUGAGAACGGGCUGAGAAGAGCACCUCGCAGUCAGCUCGCAGUUUCAGCGGAGGGGAGGGCCGCUGCUGGACCAGCAAAGCUUCACUGCAGCUCUGUCUCUUAGCGCACGGCAUGUACUAUAGCACCUGCGUAGGCAAGUCUCCAAAAUCACUCGCUUUCCCACUUGUCGCAAAAGUUACACUGAUUGGUAGUCAGGCAGUACCACCAAGUGGAAAAGAACUGCUCUCAUCUGCACUUUUACCUGAGGCACAACACGAGGAAGAGCAGAGGAAGGCUCGCACCAAAAGCACUGUAAACUGAAGGACUGGUGAUUAAGCUCCAUUUUGUUGUCAGGUGGGGUUUUUUGUGCCUUGUUUAAUGUGGCAAAUUUCUUAAGUUAGGUUGUUGAAUCGCAUUCACUAUAGACUUUUGACAUUCAGUCAAAAGGCCAUAGUGACGUGAAUGUCACUGUGUGAAACUAAUGUAAUAAGCAGAUUUGGCACUUCUAUACUGGAUGAUGAUUAGCUCUGUUUAACAUCCCUACAGUGAAGCUCAAACAUCCACAUGAAGCAACACGAGGCAAAACAGAGAGAAAAGAUAAAGCACACCACCUAGCAACAAAAUGGCUUCAGGAGCAACAGUGCACACUCUCUGCCAGUCCAUGUUUUCCUUUGUCAGAGAUUAAGAACUGAUGCUACUGCGUUUCCUAUCAUUGAUAGUGCUCUGUGCACUCUCACGGCUGCCCACACAGAGCAGCUGUUGCUGUGUCAUGUUAUAUGUGCUGCCUUCUACAAGCUUCACUGUAUUUUUGGUUGGAUGUGUGUUCUGCCAGUGCAGGAAGAAAUGACACACACACAGACCAGAGUACACAAAAGACAUAAGGUAAGAGUCAUCAGGACAUCAUAGCAUCUUCAUUUGAGAUAUUAUUGAUUACAUUCAGGCCACGGUGCAACGUUGCUUCAGCAGGCCCCCUUUUGUGUAGGCCUACAUGAUGGUAUUAGUUUGAAAUUAUAAUUUUGCAUUUAGGACACAGCAUUCAAUGUUGUCACUGCUCCAUGCUUUUUUUUCACCCAAAGAAUGACUUUUAUGUAACUUUAAAUGCAUAAUCAGGAUAAUUUAUUUACAGUUUAUUUGGAUUUUUAAGAAUAUAUAAUCAGCAACCAUUGUUUAACAGAUGCUGAUCUCACUUGAAGGCAUUUAAGUGCACCCACUGGGUAUUUAUACCAGUGUUUAAAAUGACUGUUUGGCCGAUAGCUGACUUCUUCUUUUGAUAUGUAGUCUAAUCAAUUUAUUUUGUAUAUAACCAGUUAGCAACAAUACCUGCUUUAAGAAGCUUUAUGUUAUGAAGUAAAGACCCAACUGUAUUAGAGGGAAAACCUCAGUGAUCUCAUAAUCCUCUGUGAGCAAGCACUUGGCAGUGGGUAGGAAGGAAAAGACAUCUGGCAGAAGCAAAUCACAGAGAGGCAGCUACCUACCGUGCCAGGUUAAGGGUGAGGGGAGGAAGAUAUUUAUUUCCACAUCUGUCUGGAAAACAAAGAAAUCUUAAUAAAAAAACAAACAAACACAAAACAACCUCCUUGAUACACUAUUUUUGAACAGUUAGCCAACACAAGUAUGAAGUACACAAUGUGUAAGUAUUGGCCACUAACAUCAGCAAAUGCCCGUAUAUCAGUCAGAAGGGCUCAUACUGAUAUUAAGCCAAUAGUUCUACUUUGAAGUGAACGCUAUACAGUGAAAUACUGAUAUAUUCCAAUGUUAGUGCUUCAUCUGCCAAAAUAUAGUGUAUUCUACAUUAUAGUCCAUUCUGCACAGAUAUAAUUUCACCAAAGAUAGCUCAUGAUGCUGGUAGUAUUAUAGUAAUGUGGAAUAUAUAUACAGUUAUAUUGAUUUUAAUAUGCAGCAUUCAUCUUGUAUUAGAAGAGUGUAGAUGUGAGAUGUUUGGUGCCAUUGAUUUUUCCUAUAGCAAGCAACCUAGCAGAGUGCUGGAUUCCUGACAGUGUUACUGCUAUAUUUACAGCCACAAAAUGAAAUAUUCACAGUUAGUGGCUGUUUGGGAAUGAAUGUCUGUAGCGCCGGCUCAUCCACUGCUUAUAGAAGACUCAUCUCAAUGCGCUUUGAUCUUUUUUUUUUUUUACCCUGUCUAUAACAAAUAUGUAAACCCUUCUUUUCCCUUCCAACUAUAAGUUCAUUUUGUAAUACCACUGGUAUACUUGAAUAAGGCACCCCCUCCC